UGAGACUUUGUGGCGAGUUUUAUGUUUUGUUUAGAGCUUUUACACACGAUGUAAGUUUAAAAAGCCAAAUACCAAUUAAUACUAGAGACGGAGCAAUAAAUCAUCAAAAAUAAAGCGAAACAAACAAGCGCUUUAUUCUGCGCGCAAUUACGCAUUGACGCACGCGAACACCGCACCAACAUCAACCGGUUUAAAUGUAAAAAGUUAUUUUCUUACAUCUGUAGAGCUAAAGAUUGCUAAUGUUUGGUGUCAAAUUAUUCUGUAUUUCAAUAAAGAACGCAAAUCUAUGUUCGACCUUGAAACGAGGACUGAAUGUGGUGCAUCCGGUAAAGUUGAAACGGUCUUUUCAAAGUGUGCCAGCUGAACAGUCACGAGUGUCCUUACGUCCAACCUCUCAGUUCAGACUCAUUCGGAACUGCUGUCGAUCUCUGCUGGUCAUCUCUAGUGUCGCUAUAGUAACGGAUGGAUGCGCUGAGCGCGCCAUAGGAACAUUUACCUGCGCGUCCUCUCAUUCUCCAUCAUCAUUAUCAUGUCCGAUCAGUCUCCUCCAUCAGGACAGAAGUCCGCGCUCAGGUUAAGUGGAUCAUCUCAGAGCCGGUUUCAGGUGGAAACGGUGACAGAGGGAGCGCGCUCCUCCGCCGGUGAGGAGUCGAAAGGGAGAUUCCGGGUAGUGAACUUCCUCAGCCCGACCGAUGGAGCAACUGACCCGGGUGUGGACGGAGACACGAAAAGUGAAGCCAGUCUCCACUCGUCCACCGGAGGUCUCAGUCAUUUCUCAGAUACGCACAGCAACACAUAUUACCUGCGCACCUUCGGCCACAACACCAUUGACGCGGUGCCAAACAUCGACUUCUACCGACAGACUGAAGCUCCGCUGAAACUCAUCCGACCUUCACUGUCUGAACUACACGAUGAGCUGGAUAAGGAGGCGUUUGAUGAUGGGUUUCCCAGCGGUGAAGAGCUCACGGCCACUGAAGCCAUCACACAGAAAGACGCGUCCGAUAAUAAAGGAGGUACAGUGAAGUUUGGGUGGAUUAAAGGAGUUCUGAUCAGAUGUAUGUUGAACAUUUGGGGUGUGAUGCUCUUCAUCAGGAUGUCAUGGAUCGUGGGUCAGGCCGGGAUCGCUCUGUCAUGUGCGAUCGUUCUCAUGGCUAUCGUUGUGACAUCCAUCACUGGCUUGUCCACUUCAGCAAUAGCCACUAAUGGUUUUGUUCGUGGAGGUGGUGCUUAUUAUUUGAUCUCCAGGAGUUUGGGUCCAGAGUUCGGAGGAUCUAUCGGUCUGAUAUUCGCCUUUGCGAACGCCGUCGCUGUCGCCAUGUAUGUGGUGGGUUUUGCCGAAACAGUGGUUGAACUUCUGGAUAGUAUAGAUGCUCUUAUGACAGAUGAGAUUAAUGAUAUCAGGAUCGUAGGAACACUGACUGUUGUUUUAUUGCUGGGAAUCUCUGUGGCUGGUAUGGAGUGGGAAGCGAAGGCUCAGAUUGUGUUACUGGUCAUCCUUCUGGCAGCUAUUGUCAACUACUUUAUUGGAUCUUUCAUUUCAUUGGAGUCAAAGGAACCCAAAGGCUUUUUCGGCUAUAAUGCUGCUAUAAUGAUAGAGAACAUGGGUCCAGAUUUCAGAGAUGAAGAAACUUUCUUCUCCGUCUUUGCCAUCUUCUUUCCAGCUGCUACAGGAAUCUUAGCAGGUGCCAAUAUCUCCGGAGACCUGGCGGACCCACAGUCUGCAAUUCCUAAAGGAACUCUUCUGGCCAUCCUCAUCACUGGAGUCGUCUACAUCGCUGUUGCCAUCUCCAACGGCUCUUGUAUUGUCCGAGAUGCUACAGGAGAUGAUAAUGACACCAUCAUAGGUCCACUGGAGAACUGCACAGAUGCCGCCUGCACGCUGGGUUAUGAUUUCUCCAUCUGUAAGGAGGGUGGAUGCAAGUAUGGACUUCAAAAUGACUUUCAGGUUAUGAGUCUGGUGUCUGGAUUUGGACCUCUCAUCACUGCUGGGAUUUUCUCUGCUACUCUCUCAUCCGCUCUGGCUUCACUGGUCAGCGCUCCUAAAGUAUUUCAGGCUUUGUGUCGUGAUAACAUCUAUCCUGGAUUGCACGUCUUUGCAAAGGGAUACGGGAAAAACAACGAACCGUUGCGAGCGUACGUCCUCACGUUCUUUAUAGGCCUGGCCUUCGUUCUAAUCGCCGAGUUAAACGUCAUCGCUCCCAUCAUCUCCAACUUCUUCUUGGCUUCUUAUGCUUUAAUCAAUUUCUCUGUGUUUCAUGCAUCGCUGGCAAACUCUCCAGGCUGGCGUCCGAGUUUUAAAUACUACAACAAGUGGGUUUCAUUAUCAGGAGCGGUGCUGUGUUGUGUGGUGAUGUUUGUGAUUAACUGGUGGGCAGCUCUGUUCACAAACGUCAUCGUCCUGGCGCUCUACAUAUACGUCAGCUAUAAGAAACCUGAUGUGAACUGGGGUUCAUCUACACAGGCGCUGAUGUACAAUCAAGCGUUAUCACACUGUCUCCAUCUCACUGGAGUUGAAGAUCAUAUCAAGAACUUCAGACCUCAGUGUUUGAUCAUGAGCGGUUACCCAGACUCAAGACCAGCGCUUCUGUAUCUCGUCCAUGCGUUCACCAAAAAUCUGGGCCUGAUGAUCUGUGGUCACGUGCGCACAGGCUACCGUAGACCCAACCAUAAGGAAAUGAUGAACGAGCAGGUGCGAUAUCAGCGCUGGCUCCUGAAGACACAAAUCAAAGCCUUCUACACACCUGUGUUUGCUGAAGAUCUUAGACAAGGAGCCCAGUAUCUUCUACAGACGGCUGGUUUGGGUCGCCUGAAACCAAACACACUUGUAUUUGGUUUUAAGAAUAACUGGAGAGAUGGUGAGAUGAAAGAUGUUGAAACAUACAUCAAUACGAUCCAUGAUGCCUUUGAUCUACAGUAUGGUGUGGUUCUCCUCCGACUAAAGGAAGGUCUUGAUAUCUCCCACAUUCAAGAUGAAGUUCUGUCCAUGCAAGAGAAAACUCCUGGAAUGAAGGAUCUCCUGGUGUCCAUCAACAUCAAAGACUUUGACAGCGAUUCUUCUAAAGAAUCAUCUAAAACCACCAGCUGUCAGAGCAGUCCUCUCAUUUUCAGAGACACAAAGAGUCCUUCAACAAAGCUCAGCCCUGCGGAUGAGAGACUUCUGACCGCCAGUCAACAGUUUAAGAAGAAACAAAGCAAAGGAACCAUUGAUGUUUGGUGGCUGUUUGAUGAUGGAGGCCUGACUCUUCUCAUACCGUAUCUGUUAACCAACAAGAAGAAAUGGAGAGAUUGCAAGAUCCGUGUGUUUAUCGGAGGGAAGAUAAACAGGAUGGAUCGUGAUCGCAGAGCAAUAGCUGCAUUACUCAGUAAGUUCAGGAUUGACUUUUCAGACAUCACCGUACUUGGAGACAUCAACAUUAAGCCAAAGAAACACAAUAAGGAGAUGUUUCAGGAGAUGAUCGAGCCGUACAAACUGAGAGAAGACGACAUGGAGCAGGAAGAUGCUGAGAGACUGAAGACACAAGAGCCAUGGAGGAUCACUGAUAAUGAACUGGAGCUCUACAGGGCUAAGUCAAAUCGUCAAAUUCGACUGAACGAGCUGUUGAAGGAACACUCAAGUGCAGCAAACCUCAUUGUCAUAACAAUGCCGCUGGCCAGAAAGGGGACGGUGUCCAGCGCUCUCUACAUGUCCUGGCUAGACACUUUAUCUAAAGAUCUGCCUCCAAUUCUCCUGGUCCGAGGAAACCAUCAGAGCGUUCUUACCUUCUACUCAUGAAGACAACAUGAUGCUACAAUCCUGACAUUCGUAAAUUGGCCGGAUACUCACAUUGAUUAUAUAUUCAAGGAGUGUAAGCCAUGUCACAGUAAUGAUGGGAUCUAGUUUGAGAUAUUUGAAUGGAUUGAAAUACUGUACAUUAAAGGGUCAAGACCUGUGAAGAA